AUGAAUACAAGCGAUAUUUUAAAUUUUGAUUUUUUAUGUAUUAUAGGAAAAGGCACAUAUGGGAUAGUAUAUAAGGCUUUAGAUAAAAAGGAAAAUAAUUUUGUAGCCAUAAAAAAAAUAAAAAACUUAUGUGAUGAAAAUUAUGGGAUAAAUUUAAAAUAUGUUUUCUAUGGAAAGGAUAUUGAAGAGAAAUUAAAGGGAGAAAAUUUAGAGAAUUCUUGUUUAUAUCUAACAUUCGAAUAUUGUGAUAUAGAUUUAUUGAAUUUUACAAAAAAGUACAAUUUGAAUAUUAAAGAAAUAAAGUAUAUCAUAUUUGAAUUGUUAUUAGCAAUAAGUUAUUUACAUUCUAACAAUUAUAUACAUAGAGAUAUAAAACCUGAAAACAUUUUUAUAAAUUCUAAUGGUAGAAUAAAAUUAGGUGAUUUAGGUAUGUCUGUUGAAAAAAGUAAUCAUAUGACACCAACAGUUGUAACACUAUGGUAUAGAGCUCCAGAAAUUUUAUUAAAAUCAAAAAGUUAUGAUCAAAAAGUAGAUAUAUGGAGUCUUGGUUGCCUAUUCAUGGAAUUAAUAACAGGAAGACCUUUAUUUCCAGGAAAAAAUGAUUAUUCUCAACUUGAAUUAAUUUAUUUAACACUUGGAGAUAAAAAUAAAAUAUCAGCAGAAGAUGUAGAUAGAUUUAAUAUGUUCCCAUAUUUUGAAAAAAAUAUAAUAAAAAAUACAAUUCCUGAGGAAUCUAUAGUUGAUUUAAUUUCAAAAAUGUUGAUUUAUGAUCCUAAUUAUAGGAUAUCAUCUAAAGAAGCUAUAAAGCACAGUUGUUUCAGUGAUAUUGAAAAAAUAAAAUUUUCUUGUAAUUUUUAA